AUGGAUACAGGACAGGGGCGUCCCGGUGAAAAUCCUAUUAUGGUGCAUGAACCUGGAACAGAUGGUAGGCCUCCAAUACAGGAGACUCUUGAUGACGAAAUGCUAUAUCCACAAACAGCACAGAUUGGUUCUGACAUUUGCGGGUAUUAUUCAGUUGAUGCUCCUGAUUUAGAAGAGGAAUUGGAAGUAAUUGUUGAUAUAAAUAUAAUGAAUGAUGGCAAUAGCCAGCCGGAGAUCUUAGUCAU